AUGGAGAUCGGAUUGCUGCGAAGGCUCGCUGUUCUUGAUCUUUCAGAGAACAAGAUCUCCGGCGGCAUCCCCAGCUCCAUAGGCAAGCUCGAAAACCUGGUGGUUCUCUACUUGAACCAGAACCGCAUCACGGGAAGCAUUCCGCCUUCCAUCGCCGGUAUGAUCUCGCUGCAGUUCUGUAGGAUGUCGGAGAACCAGCUCACCGGGAGCAUCCCGGAUUCGAUCGGCGGCCUACCUAGCAUCGAGAGACUGAUACUGGAGAACAACAAGCUCACCGGUCAGCUGCCCGCCGCUAUAGAACGCCUCGCCACUCUCACGGACAUCUUCUUCUCCAACAACCGAUUUACCGGUAGGAUCCCUUCCAGCUUCGCCAACCUGGCCAAUCUGCAGACGUUAGACCUGUCGCGGAACCGCCUCUGUGGUCCGAUCCCCGCCGAGCUCUCCCGGCUGCGGAACCUCCAAGAGCUGGAUCUCUCCUUCAACUCCCUGAUGCACUUGGGCAGGCCGCCGAGCUGGCUCGGCCAGAUGAACAUAUUCAAGCUUGUCCUGGCAGACACAGGGAUCUCCGGUCCGCUUCCUGACUGGCUGUCGUCGGCGUCGUCCAUCUCGAUCCUCGACCUUUCCAGCAACGGACUGGGGGGAGAUCUCCCGCAGUGGAUCGGCAACAUGACCGGGCUCUCGUUGCUCAACCUCUCCAACAACGCUCUGCAUUCGGGGAUCCCGGAGGGGUUCAAGAACCUGACGCUGCUGAUGGACCUGGACCUGCACGCCAACGAGCUGUACGGCCGGCUGCGGCCAGUGCUGGCGAAGGGGACGCAGGACCCCUUGGGGCACUACCGGACGCUGGAUCUGUCGCGCAACCGGUUCACCGGGGGGCUUGACGAGGACGUGGGGGAGCUGGCCGCGAUGGACACAGUAGAGAGGCUAGUGGUGUCGCACAACCCAGAGCUUGGCGGCGGGAUACCGGCGUCCAUGUCGAGGCUGGCGGCGCUGAAGGAGGUGGGGAUGGCGGGGAACGGGCUCUCCGGGAGCAUACCUGAGGGCGUACUGGACCUCGCGCGACUGACCGAGUUCGAUGUGUCAGAUAACAGGCUCAGCGGUCGGAUACCGCGCCAUCGGGCUCCCUUGACGGCGGAGGGCUUCAGAGGAAACACGGGGCUCUGCGGCGCGCCUCUCCCGCCAUGCAAGCUGUAG